CACAGAUCACACCAGGGCACAGCCAAGGAAUUUGCCCAGCCAUCUGAUCGACCACACAAAUCGAGUGCUCAACCUGUCAUGUGAUGGAGAGAUCAACACUUAAACCUUUUGUUUUCGGACACAGGUGGUUGUUAUUUGCAAUGAGCUGUCAGGGAGGGUGCAGGACGGCCAGCGCCAGCGCUUCAAAGGGACCACACGGCCUGUCUCUUUCACAACUCCCUCAGCCAGGGUUGACUGGGAUCCUGCCCAUGAGGAGCUGCCAGAGCACAUGGGGACGCUGCUGGGAGCAGAGGUGCACAGCCUCAAGCUGCGAAUGAUCUCAGUGACUGUGGACAGCAGGGCCGAGCUGAACUGCCUUCGAGAGCACCUCUCUGACACCGUCCACUACAUCGAAAACAUCGACUUUGACCGCAUCCCGCUCUCCGGGUCAAUCUGAUUACUUGGCUGGCACCAAUUAUUAUUAUUAUUAUUAUUACACGCUUUUCCUGCCAAGAGGCAAGGUGCGUCCUGCAGACAAGCUGCAACUAAAGGCUGCCACAAUCCUACCCUUGUUGGACUCGCCAGAUCCAAGCAAGACCCAAUCAACCGUGGGCACGGUGCUCAGUAUUUGUAUCGCCCCCCGCCAGCCGGGGCCAAUUACCUACAACAAUACCUCGCAUAUGAAGAAGGUUCUAAGAGGCUCCAAGGAUGAACUUGUUUCAAGGCAGAAUUGAGCACUGUUUGUCUUUGGCUCGUGAAUGCAAGUCGUGCAGUGAACAGCAAAAAAUUGCUACACAGGGCAAUUCCAGAUAAUUUGGGACCAGAGACUGAUGUACCUGUUUCAAUAGCACUCCAAAUGUGCCUGUACAACAUAUUGCAUGGUAGAAGAUGCUGAGAUCAUCACUCUGAAUGGAGUUUUGCUAACUGGUGAAGACAGACAAUAAGUGUCUUGGAAAUGCGCAGGAAGGGGGGUUAAAGAGUUGGUAUGAGAUGGUGUGAGUCAGAGGUGUGCGGACUCAAGCUUGCUCUUCAGGACUCAUGGAUGCGUGUUGAAAUUUGAGCUUGUUCGUGUGCAAGGACACAUCAGGGACAUCAGUUCUUGCCGAGAAGUACAUGCGGUACAUGUGUCAUGGAUGUGAAUAGUAGUGGUCAGCAGCUCUGCCUGCUAGGCAGUCAAUUGGCAUAAUGCCAAUUGUUCUCUGCAGCUGCAGUGCACGCAUGCGCAGGCAAUAUAUCAUAUAUGCCGGCUGCCGCUGGGAAGAAAGCGGGCGAUGUACAGUAUAAUUUUCUUAAAGCUCACGAGAAGCCCAUGUGUCCAUCUAGGGAAGGGGCCUUGAAUGAUGUAAAUUAACAGGGGAUG